AACGAAAAACAAUGAAAGGUAUAUCAGCAUCAAGAUACACAUUAAAGAAGAAUCCAACGGUUGAAAAUAAAUUAAAGAAAGACCAAAAGCAAGAAAGAAGAAGGAAAUGACUAUAUAUACACACACAUAGACAUCUCUGUUCCUCACUCAGAAAAAGACCAUUCUAUAUUAAGUGAGAGUGUGUGAGAGCUUCACAUAAAUAAUUGAAAGUCCUCUUAGUAAAAUCAUAUCUAAAGAAAUAAACAAAUAGUCCGUUCAAAAAAAAAAAAAAAAAGUCCUCUUAAUCAAUAAUUCACUUGUUCUUAUGGUCAUCAACUCAUCAUCAUCAUCGAGACCAGAGUGAAGUGAUACGUGGUGAGAUCUUAGUGGUUCACCGGAGAUAAAAUGGGGAGGACGACGUGGUUUGACGACGAUGGGGUGAGGAAAGGAGAGUGGACGGUGGAGGAAGACCGGAUGCUCGUGGCUUACAUCAACGAAUACGGUCUCGGGGACUGGCGUACCAUGCCUAAGAGAGCCGGUCUGCAGAGAUGUGGAAAGAGUUGUAGAUUAAGGUGGCUGAAUUAUUUGAGGCCUGGAAUUAAAAGAGGCAAGUUCACUCCUCAGGAGGAAGAAGAUAUCAUCAAAUUCCAUUCUCUUCUUGGAAACAGGUGGGCAGCAAUAGCAAAGCAAAUGCCAAACCGAUCAGACAAUGACAUAAAAAACCAUUGGAACUCAUGUCUAAAGAAAAGACUCGUUAGAAGCGGAAUCGAUCCCAUGACCCAUAAGCCAGUCGUCACCGUCGCCAAAGCCACUUCCUCCUCAACGACGUCGUCUCCAACACCGACUCCAUCUUCGUCCUCCUCUUCUUCUUUUUCCUCCACAAGCUCUGCACGUCUACUUAACAAGCUUGCUGCUGGAAUCUCGUCGAGAAAACAUGAACUCGAUAGGAUCAAGAACGUUAUCAUGUCGGAACCAAGACAAGCCGUUGAAGAAGACGAGAUGAUGAUAGGCAGCAAGGAAGAUGAGGAAGUGACUGGUUGUUCCAUGGAGAUCGAUGAGAAUCUGAUCAGUACGACUUCGUUUUAUGAGUACUUAACGUGUGACUUCACUCCUACGUAUACACCUGGCUUCGUCGCUGCUUUUGAUGACUACUCAUUGGUUGAGCCAUAUGAUCUAUAUCGAUCUGAUUUCUAUCAUGAGACCAGUGAUGAUCAACUUGACCUGUUCCUCCUUUGAAUUUCACUCUCUUGGAGAAGUUUUUUCUGGAUGUUUUUUUUUUGUAUCUGUUAGUUCAGUGUGACGAAAGAGAGAGGUUUCUGAAAAACGCAAGUACUCAUAACUCAUAAGUACUAUGAGUGACAUGUAUGGUCAAUGUUUCUGAGUUUUGUCUGUUAGCUUCCCUUUUAUUUAUGUCGAUGACCUCUCUCUCUC